AACAGAGGAAGAAAGCAGAUCUCAUUCAUCCACAGAUUUCUCGAGAGAAGAAAAGCAGCUGCCACCGCUCUUCUUUUCUUCCAAAAAUCUGCACACCCAAAAGACAAAAUUCGAUUUUCCUGAACCGCUUGUGGCUUCAGAGCCAUAGCUUUUGAAGAAAAAGCCAAGCGAUUUCAAUUCAAGUAAUUGUUUUCUUCUGUGUUCUUGCUGUCUUUUUCCUUACUUCUCACAUCAGUAGAUUUAUCUUCAACUCAUUUUCUAAUAUCUCUUCUUCAAAAUCACUACAUUUAGAGAAACCCAUUUCACAUUAGAAGCUUUGUUUCAUCGAAAAACCAUCAGUGGGUGUUUUGUGCUCUUGGAAGAAUUUGGUAAGUUGGAAAAAUCUACUCCCUUCUUUGUUCAUCAGUAGCUUCUUUAUCAUCAAAUCAUUCUAUCUCUUUAAUCUUCAAAAACCCAAAAGAGAAUAGUCCAUUUACUCUCUUCUUUGAUGAACUAGGAAAGCUACUCUGUUCUACAAGGGUUUUUUUUUUUUAAAAGCAUUUCUUUAUACAUUAGGAGGUUCUUCAUUAUCAAAUUAUCUUUUUAUAAUACAUUAGUUGUUUCUUCUUCUUUACUUAUUCCAUAUCUCUAAUCUUCAAAAUCCAAAAAAAAAAAAAAAAAGUAUUAUUUCUUCAUAAAAAAUGGCCAAAUUCAAAUUCAAAUCCAAUCAAUCUCCCUUUCUCUCCACCCUUCUCUUUCUACUCCUCACCUCACCUAUUCAAUUCUCCAACUUCGCAUCAGCUACACAACAACCCAUCAAAACCAUUGUUGUUCUCGUCUUAGAGAACCGAUCAUUUGACCACAUGCUCGGUUGGAUGAAAAAAUCCAUCAAUCCGGUGAUCAACGGCAUCACCGGCACUGAAUGCAAUCCAAAAUCCACCCAGAAUCCACAAUCCCCGUCCAUCUGCGUAUCUGACGAUGCCCAAUUCGUCGAUCCUGAUCCAGGCCACUCCUUCGAGGCUGUUGAAGAACAAGUCUUCGGCUCUGGUCCAAUCCCCUCUAUGUCAGGCUUUGUCCAACAAGCUCUAACUAUGUCUCCAAAACUCCCAGAAACAGUCAUGAAAGGCUUCAAUCCAGAUUCCAUCCCUGUUUUUGCCAGCCUGGUCCGUGAAUUCGCAGUUUUCGAUCGAUGGUUCUCAUCAAUUCCUGGCCCAACACAACCAAACAGGCUCUUUGUCUACUCCGCGACAUCUCAUGGAUCAACUAGCCACAUGAAGAAGCAGCUUGCGAAAGGGUACCCGCAAAAAACCAUCUUUGAUUCUCUCCACGAAAACGGCCUAGAUUUUGGAAUCUACUAUCAAAACAUACCCUCUACACUGUUCUAUCGAAAUUUGAGAAAAUUGAAGUACGUUUUCAAAUUCCAUCAGUUUGAUUUGAAGUUCAAGAAGCAUGCCAGUAGGGGGAGCCUUCCUAGACUGACAGUGAUUGAGCCGAGGUACUUCGAUUUGAAGGGAUUUCCCGCCAACGACGAUCAUCCAUCACAUGAUGUGGCUAAUGGGCAGAAGCUUGUGAAGGAGGUGUACGAGGCAUUGAGAUCGAGCCCUCAAUGGAAUGAGACCCUUCUGGUUAUUACAUACGAUGAGCAUGGCGGCUUCUUUGAUCAUGUCACCACUCCUUAUAGCAAUGUGCCUAGCCCUGAUGGAAAUACAGGCCCCGCGCCUUCAUUCUUCAAGUUUGAUAGGCUGGGAGUGCGGGUCCCGACAAUCAUGGUCUCGCCUUGGAUCAAGAAAGGAACUGUGAUAAGCAGUCCAAGGGGUCCGACUGCGAGCUCUGAAUUCGAGCACUCGUCAAUACCUGCGACUAUAAAGAAGAUGUUCAACCUCACAUCCAAUUUCUUGACUCACAGAGAUGCUUGGGCUGGGACAUUUGAGCAGGUUGUGGGAGAGUUAACCUCGCCAAGAACCGAUUGUCCAGUGGUGCUGCCGGAUGCUGUUCCGUUGAGAAAUGCCGAAGCGAAAGAAGAUGGAGGGCUGUCGGAGUUUCAAAGCGAGAUAGUCCAUUUGGCUGCUGUUCUCAAUGGGGACCACUACUUGAGCAGCUUCCCGGAUGAGAUCAGCCAAAGGAUGAGCGUAAAGCGGGCCCAUUCUUAUGUUAAGGGGGCCGUUUCGCGGUUCAUAAGGGCAAGCAAAGAAGCAAUGAGGCUUGGUGCCAAUGAUUCUGCCAUUGUAGACAUGAGAUCCUCUCUCACAACUAGAACCACAUUCCCUUGAGAGGUGUUAUACAAUAAUCGGCCCAGAUUUUUAUCUGGGCUAUGUGUUCUGUACAGUUGUGGGCCCAUCUUUAAAUUUUAUCUAGCAGGCCACUCACCGUGCAUGGGCCAUAAGUAAUCUCCAUCAAUCAAUAAUAGCCAUCUAAUCAUUGGUACCUUUGCCUUUCCAUGCCAUUUGUCGUAUUUUCGUUAUAACUGCUGAUCGGUAAGCCAAUUGCUGGACGGCUAGGAUUGUAUGGCCUUAUGCAGUGUUGCCCGUCCCCCAUGGUGGCCACGAGAGUAUGAGUGGGCCCCACCUGUAUGGAGUGCUGGGCAAAUGUUAAUGUCUUGAGUUACCUGGGCCGAGCAUUGUAUGUUUCAUCUUUCGCAUACAUUAGAGUUUUCUUAGAUAAGAGUCUCUCAUGUUCAUACAAAGGCUUGUUGUGUUUUAAGGUUCAUCUCAUGUUGAAUAAACUUCCUAGUUUAUCUCGAAUGAAAUAGAUUAGUAUUUCAUGGAA